UUAUCCUAAAUUACUCCAGUAAAAUUACACAGGUGUAUAAAAGGGUAAAUGAUUGUAAGUGUCUAAACAUUGUAACAAUUAAAUUUAUAGUAAUUAAACAUUAUUAUAAGUUGCUUUUGGGGGGGCACGCAGAUAAAAGUAUGAUGACUGCAGACGAGAAGAAACAGGCUGAUAACACAUUCUGCACACAACGAAUGCCAAUUAAAUCAUUUUUUUUUUCCUACUGCGCACUUGGGGAAUCGUUUACUUAUGCGGUGGUAAAUGGAGAAUUACACACAAAAAGUUUUUACUCUGGUUCCAGCGGCUGUUUGUAAUUAUGUUCUGGCGGCACCUAGUGCCAAGUAUCGGACAAACAAGUCUGUGUAACGCUUUAAAGCUGCGUGAAUGUCCUUUUCAAGGUCGUAUUUCACAAAUUUGCCAGACACUGGAACGCAGUUCAGGCAGAACGUCCCAGACUGCUGCCCUGAAGUGGAGCGCAGAAGAUAAUGUGCAAAGAAUUAUUACAAAAUUGUAAUGGCAUAAUGCAUUUUGAAAACCCGCCAGUGAAACCAACUAUACAAGCUUAGCUAUACCAAAAGGUGGCGAUCUAGUCUUUAUCAGCAUCCCUCUGCAUGCAAGCCGAGCGUGAGAACGAUCCCCGAAACGCGCGAGUUUUCGCCGAACACAGCGACGAAAAUUGGCGAGUGUGACGUCAGAGGCCCGCGAGUUCCCUGUCGAAUGCAGGCGAAUAGUAACGAGCGUGACGUCAGAGGCUUCGCGAGGCUCCUGUCGAAUGGGGACGGACAUUGACGAGCGUGACGUCGGAGGCUUCGCGAGUCCCGUGUCGUUGACUAUGAAGGAAAGGAAAAAAAAAAAAAGGCAACAAGAAGGAAGAGCAAUGGCGACACUGGAUUGCGAACUGCCAAGUCCGGAUAUGUUCGUGUACGAGCGCUGGUCCACGCACGCUGACGGUGAUAAAACAAACAGCUCUGACAGCAUGUAUUUCUGUGGCCAGCAUCCUGCAUGUGAUGAUUUAUGUUUCCUUGUAUGCAAUCUCUGCAACCAAGUCAUCAAACCUCAGGGCUUCCAGACACACUGUGGUAGCUGCGGCACUGACUCGCAGUGAGUAGAGGACACCUCCGUUCCCCCCUCCCCCCCGAAGCCAUGCACAGCAGGAACCAGAGGAGACAUGAUUCACCUUUGGACACCAGGACCACAUUGGCCUUGGCAAAGCCCAAAGGCUCGGCCACCCUGAGCGUCGUCGCUGCCCCCCAGAACAAGGCCUUGCGAGCACCGAGGGAUCACCUCCGCAAUCCUUUCAGCAAAGUCCCACAUGCUGUAUACCCACCCAAGGGGUCCCGUGGCAAGCCCUGCCUCUCUCUUCCUGUCGUAAGUCUGGAGAAGAUGACCUGCCUUGGCAGGGCAGAAGGAGGCCACGUCAGAGUCAACUCCUCCGCUUUACCGUCUCCUGUCACCCCUGUCAAGCCCUCUCUGACACUUCCAGUAUCCCAUAAGUCUCAGGAGAGGGUGAUGAAUGGCAAGGGACCUGCUACUCCUUCUGCUCAGUUCGAACGGAAACCCGACGCUCCACCUUCUCCCUACGACAGGCGACCCAACAUCUCUCCAUCUGCUCACGAUAAGCGAACAGGUUCCUCCCCCUCCUCGUUGGAGAGGCGGCCAGCCUCCUCCCCCUCUGUAAUGGACAAGCGGCAGCAAACCCCAUCCUCUCCCUUGGACAAGCUACCCAGCGCAAGCCCCUCUCUACAGGACAAAAAGACUCAAAAUGGGACUAAGGGCUACAAGCCAUAUAAAAGACUUUCAGGAAGGGAGUUUGACCCCGACAAGCACUGUGGAGUCUUGGACCCUGAGAGCAAGAAACCGUGCACAAGAUCGCUGACCUGCAAGACCCAUUCUCUGACCCAUCGGCGGGCGGUGCCAGGGAGGAGGAAACUGUUCGACACCCUGCUUGCUGAGCACAAGGGACGGACAAAGGAGAAGGAGAAGCAGAAGGAAAAGAGCAGCAGACAAGAACUACAGGGAGGAAAGGACACUCAGCACAGCCGUACCUGCCUGCAGCCUGAACCGACACCAGGAGAGGCGGCAAACUGCCACGAUGGCAAAUCCUCCCUGAAAACAAGGCUAGCCAGCUUAUGCGUGCCAAGACUCCCUGUGGGUGGGGGCAGCCCAGGGCUGAUUUCCUGCUCAGGGUCCCCCCCAACACCUGUCACACCAAGUGCUAAAGCUGAGGGGAGCAACCGGCUGUCCAGCGACGAGGGCGAGGCUGAGGCCCUGGAGGACGUGGAGGGAUGUGACUGGCACUGCUCUCUGCUGCAUCCUCAACCCAUGGGCUGCUGUGCCUUUGGCAGCCGGCUGAUGGGUCGCGGGUACUACGUGUUUGACAGGCGAUGGGACCGGUUGAGGCUGGCGCUUCGCCACAUGGUCGAGAGACAUGUCACCUCGCAGAUGUGGAAGAAGAUCCCUCCGGUGGCUGACACUGCUGUGUCAUUCCCUGGGGCUUUUCCUGCGCACCAGACCCUCCCCUUCCACAAUCCCGGCCCGGUCUUCCCACCCCGAUCCAGUACCAGCUCCUUGGGAAUGUCCCCAUCUCUACCCCCCCAGCCGGACAGUGUGUCUGCCCUGAGUUACCCUGGUGCCUUUCUGCAUAGUGGGGGUGGAAUGUUCGGCAGCGUGGACCCUGCUACCCUCGUGCCCCCAGUCCUGGGAAAGCAGGCAAGAGCCAAAGCCGCUAAGGCCUCGAGGCUCCAUGAGGCAGGGCAAAGGAGGAAGGUGUGUCUGUCCUCAAUGCCUGGGCCCCCCAGGAGCACCAGCCUCAGCACGUCGCCUUCCCACCUCAUUGCCGCAGCCACCAGCAGUAAUGGGACAUCGCGCCUCGAGGCCAAACCGGAUCCUCUGGAGCGUGCUGAGCUGGGGCCCGUGGCCCCUGUUAGACAUACCAGCACCGAGAUAACUGUGUUUCACGCCCUCACUGGUGGUGACACCCAGCCGCCCUGCAGCCCCCCUGGGGAGGGAAGGAAGAGGAAGAGCUGCAGCUCUUACACUAAACCCAGCAAGGUGGUCAGGCUAGCAGGACCCAAUAACGUCUUCAGGAGGAGCGGCGGCCCCCUUAACGCUGUCCCCGAGUCCCAGCACGCAGGCCUGCCUCGACAGUUGCAGCCUAAGGUACACCACUGACUUGGCUGGUGCGGAGGGGAACCCCUCUUCCAAACUGGAGCAUCCACAUCGGGGACUCUAACCUGGAAAGGCUCACUGGAGAGAGAAGACCCUGUGGAAAAGACGUCAGCCCUGCGUCAUCUCUUUCUGGGUCAAUUUAUCUGUCUCACUGUGGAGGCUUAUAUCCAGGUGGGUCCAGAACUCAUGGGCCCCACACGCAUACCCCCUGUGGCCCUUCUUUGCCCCUCAUUCAACUUCGCCUGCACUUUCUGGAUACAUUCGGGGGGUGGUUUCAGAUGAACACUUUGGUUUGGAUUGACACCGAUGGACCCAUAUCCACCUUCCACCCGUUUAAGGAGCUCCAGAUGUUCACAGGUCAGAUGCCCAUUCUAACCUGUACCUGCAAGGGCUCAUAUUUUGGUUUCUCCAUCACUGUUCCUGCGUUUGCAUUUCAUAUAGAUUUCAAAUAUUUGCAGUUGUUCCGAUUUUCGUUUUCUUGAGUUUGUGUUGAAGUUGUAGUUUUGUUGCCAGGAAGGACGUCACAAGUUCUGUGCUUCUGUGGGGUUUUCACAUGGGGAAGGGCUGACAUACCACUUCCAGCCUGGUCUCAAACCUGCCGGUCUCAUAACAUGGGGCUGUUUGCGGAAGGGGCGCCCCCAGCAGGACAGUGUUAGAAGUGCACUUAAGAGUUCUCGGGCCUGCAAUGGAACGGGCUGAGCUGAAGAACAGUGAACUUUGAACCAAGGGAAUUUAUUAUACUGGCACAUUUUUACAGUUUGCAUUUUAAUAUCUGAAGUCUUGCUCUCAAGGUUUGUUUUAGAUAUUGCAAGGAAUACAAAUGUCAGGUCUUUCAAGUAAAAUUUAAGCGCUGGUUUUGUGUGUGUGUGUGCGUGUGUGUGUGUUUUUUUUCUUACUGACCAGAUUAGUGCGGCAGAUGUCUAGCAAAAUUAUAUUUAUAAGCUCUUUUAAAAGCAGAUUGCAUCAUCAUAGUGUUCUUGUUGGGUUAAAAUGCAUCUGUAGCUUUAUUAUUUUGUAUUUAUUGUUCUGUCAGACCUAAGACACAAAGUGUUUUCACCCUCCUCCGUCAAAUGAGUACGACUGAAAUCUCUGCGCACGGUGAGUUCUGAAAAGGGUGAAGCCUCAUUUGACUCUGGGUUUUAGCAGUGGGGCUCUUCCGACACAGUGAAGCUUUUUUUUCUGAGCAGUUUUUUUCCAUUCUAAUGGGAAUUCCUCCCUGCUUUCUGCUCCUU